GCCAUAACAAAUUGAAUUGAAAUUAGGCGCAACCUACCUACCUGAAUUCUUAGCCUUCCAUCUCCUUACUAAGUAUACGUUAUAUAUUGGAAUUCAUCUCCUCCAUGAAAACUCAGCACAUCAAUCACUCUACAUAAAUGGCAAAAAGAGAGUAUUUUUGGGGAAUUUACAAAUUCCGUAGCAUUCUUGGAACAACUCUUCAUCGCAAUAGAGCAUCCUGCACUACCUACUUGUCUAAUGGUUGUCAAGGACAUGAGGUUUCUGCUCCGACGGCAGUAUCAAAUAUGUUUGGGCAUCGUGGUUAUUCGGCGAAUAAUCCCUUAGGCUUGCGGUUAUUUAGCAGCACCAACAACAAACCAUGGACAAAACUAGAGCAACCACUGCCUGCUACAACUUCUUCUAGGCACACCAUUUCUAAUUGGGUAAGAUGGAUUUUGGGCUCCCUUUUGUCAAUUUUGAUUCCUGUUUGGACGCACAAGUACUGGGGAAAUCUACAAAAGAUUGAAGUGGGAAACUAUGGAUGGAUGGGUGUAGGGGAGGCAGAGGUGGUGAUGGAAGAGGUUGACAAUGUAGCAAAAGUCGUAGAAAGAGUGGCAACUGUGGCUGAGAAGGUGUCAGCUGAUGUAGCUGAUAAACUUCCAACUAAUCAUACAAGACUAAAAGAAAUUGCUUUGCUGAUUGAACGAGUAUCCGAACUGGCUGCUCAAGAUGCUCAACUAACACAAGAUUUUAUUCACAAGGUGGAUGCACUGAAGCAAGACCUGGGAGACUUAAAGACACUGGUGGAGCCAGUUGUUGAUAAAAUAGAAAACUAUGAAUUUCAUGGAAACUACUCUCCAGUUUCUACAAAAGAACAAAAUUAAAGGAAACGUCGUAUAUAUAUGCAUGCUAGCUACUAUACUUACAAUUCCAUCUAUUGUAGUUGUACUAUGUCGACUUGCAUGGCAAUUUAAUAACAUGUGUCUUUACAACUUUUGCAAGUCCGCUAUUUUCCAUUAACAACCCUUCACUUACCUACCCUUUCUCCUGAUCUCUCAAUCUUUUUCCGUUUUGGCCAGAAUAGAAUUUGCGUUUCUUGGUUAGUUAGUUUGGAAAUAUUAUGUAUCUGGGGAAUCAAUGAUCCAGCAUUCCAGGUAAUUAGUUGUGUUUGUUUUCACAUAAGGAAUGCAUUUGGGAUUCAGUUCAGAUUUCACACAUGGCAUAGCAAUUGCCCACAAGGAACCAAGUUUUAGUUAGUUUAUAUUGAAAUCCAAUUAGCCUUUGUCUAUAAGAAUAACCAUUUUAAUUAAAAUUCGCCUUUGCAUCUACCAUUGAACUGGUAUUCCCAUACAUAUAUGUCCACUCUUACUCGAAGCACAAUGAACUAGCAUGGUAUUGCAUUCACCUUAAUCAUCUCAGCAUAACCUGGGAAUCAAAUGCUAUCAACACUCACAUAACCAUUUUACAAGAGGUAAAAAUCACAGAAAACAUAGAUCAACAUCCAUCUAAAUCAUCCCCACUCUUUCAUGUUAGGCAUUUUACUUGUACACGUGUUCUUCAAGCACAUUCUACUUGUGUUAUUCAAAGCUACUUGUGUUCUUCCAUGUUGCUACCACAAGAAUUUGCAUUAGUUCUGUCAAUUGAGAAGCAAAAUUGGUAAGUAACAGAAUGCCAUAUUCAAGUGAUCGUGUUUGCAGCUGCAGAAGAUGGAAUCCAUGCCGGUAAUUGCUGAAGGUAAGCCAAUGUAUGUUGUCGAGCUAGUGUGCAUAUGAUUGUGAGCAUGAAUAUAUGGUUUUUACAAUCAUCACCAUGAAUAAAACCUUUUCAAAUAUCUCUUUUAAUCAUAUAUUGAGAGAAGCUAAGUUCUUGAUAGAUGUAGUUGCAAAAAGGGGUCAAUCCUUGCAAGACGAUUGAUUAAGGGAGGGAGUAUGGUAACAGACUAACAGCUUUACUAGCGUUUAAUUUUGAUUUAUAUAGUUACGGAUGCCCAAAAAACUUUUGUAUUUAGUGUUUUGUAAUAAUCCUUUUCUUAUAUAUAUAUAAAAAAAAAACAAAAAGAUUAUACUUU